UGUAAGGCGCCGAACGAUAAGCUUUAAAAUAUUGUAUUUUGAGGCAAUACAUUUGUGUGUUUUGCUAAAACGUGGCAUUACAAAAUGGUGUUUACAUUUAAAGGGUAAAAUUAUCGUACAUUUUUAGGGAAUUAGUCAUUCAUAGAGGGUGAACUUUUAGCGCUAAUACAAUAAUUAUCGUACGUCUGGCAACGCUGCUACGGGAACUUGCAAGGGACUGUUACUAAACCAGUUUUAACUAAACGCCACGCACAAUCUCUUAACUUCCAAAAAAACAUUUAUUUGAUGUUUAUUGUAUGCAUGUAUAAUCAGUUAAAACGAUACGUUCGUAGUGAGAGUAUUUUUAAAGUUGUGCUCUUGAAAGAUAGAUUGUUUAUGGAACAGGAAGGUCACAGCUAGCUGAGGUAGAUAACGAUUAUUAUUCAUUUACCAGAAAACUAAAGACAAAUAAUGGCGGGACUCAUCAACUUUGAGGACGAGGAAGAAGUGAAGCAGUUUCUGGAUAAUUUAGGAGUGGAGUACAGCUUCCAGUGCUACAAGGACAACGACCCUGAAGGAUGCCAUAGGCUCGCAGACUACUUGGAAGGAGUGAAGAAGAACUUUGAGUCUGCUGCACAAGUCCUGAAACAAAACUGUGACAAGAAUGCUCACGCAGAGAGCUGCUACAAGCUGGGGUCUUAUCAUGUGACAGGCAAAGGUGGCGUGACGGAGUGUCUACAGACAGCGUACUCCUGCUUCCUGCGCUCCUGCAACAGAGGAAAGAAGUCCGUAGACGCCUGUCACAACGUGGGCCUGCUCGCACACAACGGUCGCACCAGGGAGGGAGGACCCGACCUGGGCGUGGCCCGCCAGUACUACGAGAAGGCGUGCGCCGGCGGCUUCGCUCCCUCCUGCUUCAACCUGAGCGCCAUGCACAUCGACGGCAAAGGAGUGGCGCCGGAUAUGAAGCUGGCGCUGAAGUACGCCGACCGCGCCUGUGAGCUGGGACACGUGUGGGGCUGCGCCAACGCCAGCCGCAUGUACAAACUUGGGGACGGCACGGAGAAGGACGAGAAGAAAGCGGAGGCGUUGAAGAAUCGGGCGAGGGAGCUGCACGGCUUGCAGACGGAGAAGCAGCUCAAGUUUGGGGAGUGACAUUGUGACCUUUUGAAAUGUUCACAUUCAAUCUCUUUGAAGUCCCUUAAAAUAGUUCAAAUAAAAUAAAGUUGUGCAGUACUUUGACCAUCA